AUGUUACGUUUAACUAUAUUCAGUACAAUCGUAUGUAUCUGUUUAAUAAUUGUUGAUUUAUCUUCUCAAGCAUCAUUUCUUCUGCCUUGUGAUUGCGGAUUUUUUGUUUCAAACAAAUGUACACAAUCAAAUCUUCCACGAAAAUCACAAUCGGAUGCAUGUAGUACAGACUAUUGUCUUUCAAUUCGAUUGAAUAAGUAUCGUAAUGCAGAUCAACAAAGACAAAUGAGUAGCGAAGAUAAACGAAAUACAAUUAUAGUUGAAUUGAAUAAAUUAACAAAAGCAUCAAUUAGAUGGUUACAAAAACGAGAUAAUUGUGGUUUAUUGGAAAUAUUUAUUGAAUAUGAAUAUGCACGGAGGUUUUUAACAAAAGGAGCAAAGAAAUUAGUAAAACGUGUUUUUCGUCAAACGCCACCAAGUAAAAAUCAACUUCAUAUUUGUACACAUGUUAUUGCUCAAUGGACAUAUGAUGCCCUUCGUUCAAAUAUGCCAUCAGGUACAUUGGUACGAGGAGAUGCUGCACAUAAAAGUCAAGGUGCUAGAAUUGAUAAUCAAAGUGGCGUUGUUCGACAUAAUAAUAUGAAUUAUUAUAAUAUUCAAGUUCAAAUGUUUGGGGAUACAUUUGCUACUGUAAUGGUACCAGCUGCAGUCAAUAUUGGCCGUCGUAAAAUACGAAAUGCACUUGUUGAAAGUCUCAAAAGAAAUAAACAAGUUAUCAUUUCUCCAGGAAGUACACGACAAAAUUCCUGGUGGCUUGGAGUAAUGUCUGCUGUCGGUGGUAUUAUCGCAUUAUUGGCAGCAUAA